GUAUUCCACAGUAAUAACAACAAUAAUUUUGCAAUUAAAAUUAAUAACUUUAUAUUUUACAGUUUUGUCCUAAACAUAUUUCUUAGAUCAAUUAUAGCGGUUAUACGCUUUCUGUACUUCUAAAAAUCCACAAAGUAAUACGCGCAUGACAAUGACAGCGAAAUUCAAUGCGCAUAGUCAAAACAUUGCGCAUUUUGUUGGCUAACCUCUUCCAGUCGAUCGACCGAGGUUCCGUAGCAAAGAAGAGAAAGUCUUUCACUUCAUAAUUGUGUUGUAUUUUGGUGCUUAGUGUGUGCUGGGUGAUAUCAACGGGAUUUGGUUUAAGUUAAGUGCCAGACACAAAACUACAAGAUGCCUUCCGCACCACCUCCGGCAGAGAAUGGCGCGCCGCGCAGCGAACUCGAGCAGCUGCAAUUACGCGCGGGCCAGGUGACCGAUGAGUCUCUGGAGUCCACCCGGCGUAUGAUGCAGCUAUGCGAGGAGAGUCACGAGGUGGGCAUGAAAACCCUGGUCAUGCUGGAUGAACAGGGCGAACAAUUGGACAGGAUCGAGGAGGGAAUGGACCAGAUUAACGCGGAUAUGCGUGAAGCCGAGAAGAAUCUCUCGGGUAUGGAGAAAUGUUGCGGAAUUUGCGUACUUCCAUGUAACAAAGGAGCAUCGUUCAAGGAGGACGACGGUACAUGGAAGGGCAAUGAUGACGGGAAGGUCGUCAACAACCAGCCACAGCGAGUGAUGGACGAACGCAACGGCAUCGGUCCGCAGGCCGGAUACAUCGGGAGGAUAACAAACGAUGCCCGCGAAGACGAAAUGGAAGAGAACAUGGGACAAGUGAACACGAUGAUAGGUAAUCUGCGCAAUAUGGCCAUCGACAUGGGUUCCGAACUCGAGAACCAGAACCGCCAGAUCGACCGUAUCAACCGCAAGGGUGAAUCCAAUGAAACAAGGAUAACGCUCGCCAACCAGCGCGCACACGAGCUCCUCAAGUAAACGACGGCAGCACACACUGUACACACGUCUCGUGGUUCGGCCGGUUGCGUAUUACUCGAAACCAUACUAAAAUCGUUAAUAAACACAACCUUUCUAGAAAAAUAUUCCUUCAAACUUAUCAUUUAAUUAUUCAUUCGUUCCUAAAAUUGCUUAUGAAUGUUUUUAAUAUAUGGCGUCAUAGACUCUACAGUUUUGUUAACGUUUUCAUUAAUUUCUAGUCAUUUAAUUUGUUUGACUUAAUCAUCAUCGCAACCGGCCAUACAUAGUUUGAGUAACAUGUGUUAACACUUAAAAAAAUAUGUGUAAUACCUCUUUAUUAUUGCUAAUGUAUCUAUCGAUAUUGUUCUUUUGCUAUUCCUCUAUGUAAUAAAAAAAAAACGCUCAACAUAAAAUAAACCAUAUUUGGUGCUCAUUUUGUGUAGACCAAUGUCUUAAAAGAAUCAUCAAAUAUACCUUAUAAAACAACCUUAAUGUAGAAGUUGAAUAUUGAGAUUUAUUAUUUUACUAAAAUGCAUUUACCUAUUGUUAAAGUAAAUAGAAAGCAAACGCUAUGUUGACAGUUAAAGAUCAUAAUAAAAUUUAAAUAAAAUCUUAUCUGUGUUGAAAUUAUUCUUAAAUAAUACAUAAAGAAUCAAUUAUAAAUGUAAUCAUUGUAGUUAUAAUUGUAAGAAAUAAUUUAUGGUUAGAUCAUCGCUAAGGAAUGAGUUGAUAUGUGAUAAUAGUUCGAAAUUAAGAAGUUAGUAUUAGAUCAUGUCUCAAAAAAUUUUGGAAUCUAAAUAAACGAUCUUUGAAACAUUUCAUAGGAGCAUUUAUGUAAUUUUUUUUGUAGUUCAAAGCUUAUAAAAGUAUUCAGCAAUAAGCCGUGUUUCUAUUUGAAAAUAUUUUUCUAUUAAUAUAUGUUAAUUCUAAUUACUUUGUCAUUCCAUUUUUAAAAUAUAGGUGUUCCUAUUUGUGCAUAUCUUAAAACCAUAUCUGCUUCUAUGAACUGACGGACUUCAGAAUUAUGUAUAACUAGCAAUUAUUAACAAAUAACCGUAGGAAAAUAUUGAAAGUAUAUAAUUUGAACAAUGGUAAACUUUUUAUUUUUACAACAUCUAUUUAUUUCGUAUUAUUUUGUAUUUAAAUUAAUAAAUAAAUAAAGACUAGUACAUUAAUACUUUAAGUAAUAAACCAAGUAGAGUCAUUACAAUUGCAGAAUAAAUAUCUGGCAAAAUUGGUUAUUAGGUAUCAAAUUAAACUUGUAAUCUUUCAGUACCUAAUAAUUUUUACAACAUAUAACAUAAUGCAUAUCUAAAUUUUCCAAUAACCUAAACCACGAGACAGACACAAACACAAACACACAGGUCUGCGUCGUGUAACGGUGAGAGCAAUGAAACACGCAUAGCUGUAGCGAACCAGCGAGCGAAUAAGCUGCUCAAAUCUUAAGGAACUCGUCGAAAGUCCUAGCAAAUUAUUGAAAGUUUGAAGAAAUGGUGUUGCCCUAUUCAUGAUUUCCCCUUCCAUGUAACAACGAAUUCCGGCUGUACGCAAACGAUAAUAAAAUUAUUGAUAUUAUAUAAUUCGCGAUAUGUAAGAAUUAAUCUUUAUUUUUUGGUCUAGAAAAUUUUAUGGCAACAUCUUUCUGCGCAUUUUUUUUUGUGUUAACAUAGCAAAUACGGUUAUAUAAAAAAAAUGCAAUAAAUAAUUUAAAGCAAUGAAAUAUCUGUAAUACUUGUACCUUGGUUGUAAGCGUAUGAUAAUUUGAAAGAAUAACCGUUUUUGUCAUACGUUUUGGUAGACCGCACCAAAACAAAUUAUUUUGCACAUGUUUUUACUUUACGCAAUGUGCCAAAGUUCCUUUCCUUUGACUUUCAUCUGGAAGUGUUAAUAUUAACAAAAGUUUUAAUUCACUUAGAAACUGUUGUAAGAAAGAGUAGCUUAUGACAUAAAUUAUUUGCUCGAAACAAUAACACUGUAAAGAGGUACCAAUUUAGCUCAAAUAUAGUCAGUAUAUUUUCGAUAGAUAAAAAAUAGAUAACCUCGGCAAGAUUCGAUGAUAUUUUCUCAAACAGCAUUUGAAGUUUUUAAAAAUAUAGAUAAUUUGAAUAUAUACAAUGAUAGUGAGAUUCUCUAACGUUUAAAAUAUUUUAGUUUUUGUAUGUAAUUUUGACGUCUUAUGUAUGAAAUAUACUUAUUUUUAUUUUGUAAUUUAAUACAAUAAUUUCUAAUUUAUUUGUAUUUAUAAUAAAAUUAACUUUAAAUAUUAAUGUAAUCAGCUUAGUUUCAAAAUUAUCCAAGUAGAUGCUUUUUUAUAAUUUUUAGAUUAAGAUUAUGGUGCCUAAUAAUAUUUUUGUAAGUUUCAUUUUAAUUCUGAGUUAUAAUGUAGCAUUCUGUAGUCUGUUCCCAUGUCCCGUAGAAUGGGUUUUAUGUCUAUGUUAUUGGCUAAUUUUACAAUAAAUAUUACAAUUUCUACUAGAAAGUUCUAUUUCGUACAACCAGUAACUAAACAGUUGUAAUGUGAUUACAGUAACAUGCAAUAGUCUAUUUAAUAGUUGAGUAUUUAAAAAAUUUAUUACUUAAAGUAUAUUGUUGUAAGUAUGAAUAAGGUGAUCGUGCUCUUUCAUUAACUGCCAUUAUUUAACAGUCAAGUAUAGCCCGUGUGAAAUUAACUAUAUAAUUAAAAAAUAUUAAUCCUUUAGCUGUACGAGGAUUACAGAUAGCUGCAGAUAAAAUAAAGAAAAAAGUUUUUAUAACGGGGUGAAUAGAUAUUUUUUCUGUUAAAAAUUGGCAGUAAAUUAAACUGAACGAUUAAUCGCCUUAUAAAGAUGUACCGGCCUUAGGAAUAAUGAUUAUAGGAAUGUUAAAAAGAAUGGCUUGACUUAUUAUACUCAUGUACAGGGGGCCACUGACCAAAGCGAACGUUUCAAAAUAUUUCCAACUUUAUUCGAAAGAGUUAAAGUUUUCAGUAUUUUGUAAAAAUUUUGACACUUCUAAUAAAUUAUAGUGGCUCUCUGUACGGGCGUUAGCAUUAAGAAUUUUCCAAAUUUUUCUCUAUGACUCUCUCGAUCAUAUUAGUUUAAGUAGCGUGCGGAAUAGCACGUUUUAUCUAAGUACAUAUUCCAGUAAUAAAAAAUGUUAACCGUAUCUUUAUUAACGUCUAGCAUUGUGUUAUAAGAUCAAUUUAUUCAAUAGAUGUGUAUACUUACCGCCUGCGCAAAUAUAUUCAUUUAUAUUCUGCCUAAUAUUGUCUAAUACAGUAUAUAGAUAAAUUAUAUCUAUUUUCUGUAUGAAUAGAAUAGUUAGCAUAAAAUGUUAAUUUCUAAUUAAAUUAUUGAUUUGUUAAAUAUACCUAUAAA